AUGAAGUCCAUAAAAAUACUUGCCCCCAAGGCAAUUAUUCUACUCCUCAGAAUAUUCCAUGCAAAAGCAUCCAGUGGGGAAUUAACAAGAUCUAACAGUCAAAUACCCAGGCCCAGCGCACCAAUAACCAGAAAUAACAGUUUUCUAACAGCAAAUAAUGCAGCCCGUGUGCCACAGCCAUUUGAUUUUAACGAUCUAAAUGCACGCCUUCUGGAACUCAGCAAUGGCAGAGGAAGAGAAUCAAUAAUCCGCAGGAGCAGCAUAAGAUCAAAUACUUCCUCCAGAAAGUCAUCAAUUUUCACAUCCUACCAUCCAGCAGUAGGCGAAACAGACACAACCCUGCAGAAAUCCAUUAAAACACUAAGAUCAAAUUGCGCCUUCUUAAAGAUCUUUCAAACAGAAGAGAUCAACAGUAUAUUCAAUAACUGGGAGCAAAUCCACAUAAAUUAUCUAAAUCAAAUAAGCCAAAGCACAGAGCCAAUUGUCCGACUAAUUACCGUACUAGAAAGAAAUACAGACAUAAAAACAAUAAAACUACAAAGUUCUUCACCAGAGACAAAUAAAUUCAUAGAAAAAAUAAAGAGCCUAGUGAAAGACAAUGCACUAACACAAGAAGAUGAAAUAGACUUUAAAUGGCACAUAUCUCGUGUAGUAGAUGGGGGCAAAGAGAUAGUCAAUAUUAUCUUCUCAAAUGAAACCACAAGAUUCAACAAACUAAUACAGUACAUCUGCAAGGAAAGGGAUGAAAUCUAUAAGGGAAUGUACUUCAAGAAUAAUAUGGAUAAAAAAGAGACCAUUGAAAUAAUAAUUCAAUUACUGAAGGUAUUAGUGAGUAUUGAAGCGAAUAUGCAUAAUAAUCUAGUAGAGAUGGAUAAAAAAACAAGAAAAAAAAUAGCCCUACUUGGGAUAGAUUUAGAUAAGGAUAUCUUUGAGAUGUCAGCUGACCCGGAUAGUCUAGUUAGUGGGAUAGAGAGAAUAUAUGACUUACUUACACCAGGGGUAGUUGUCAAGAAAUUAACAGAAAAAAUGGCAGAAAAUAUAAAGGACUCUUUAAUACGGAUAAAGGAUGCAGACCCACAUGAUAUCCAUCCUAUCUGCAAGAUAAUUAUAAGUUCAGUCUGUAAGAGCAUGAUAAAUGAUUUUAUUGCAGAAUCAGCAGGCUCCAAAGGCUUAUUUUUCUUUGGGUGUGAAAUUAAGUUCACAUACACAGCAAUAAAGUCUGGUCUAUGGAUAUACGAGAAACUUCAUAGUCUGAAUAAAACCCGUGAUAUACCAGAAGAAACAAGCAGAAUCACUUGCUGCAGAAAGAGUAGAAUUAAAGCAAAAAAACUCUUCCCUAUGCCACUACCCAGUGAUAUGGAAGAGGCACAAGAAAUAUUCAGGAGAUCUAUCCUAAUGGAAAUUGAGAAUACAACGAAAAGUCAAGAAGAACAUGAUAAUAAUCACUUCUUGUGCAUUGAGAAUAUAGAGUGCUUCAGGGACAGAUUUGAAAAUAACUUAAGUCAUGCACUAUUACUGAGUGAAGGAUUCAGAAGGUUUAAUAAUAAAAUACCACAAGGUAUCCAUAGACUAAGCACAAAAUAUGUUCUAAUGAUGCCCAGAGACAACAGAAAGGAGCACAGUGCAUUAUUCUACAGGGCACUCACACUCAUGCCCAUGGAGAAGAUCUUAAUAGAAGAAAACCUUAGAUUCUUAAGUCACUAUGCCCUGCAAGUAGUAACAAAUGGGUCAAUUGAGCAAAAUGCAUUCAAGAGAUUCAUGCUAAACCCAGAAAGGGCAGACCUAAUAGAGCCAUGA